AUGUCGGUCGAGAAGCUCAAAAGCCAGGAUGCUUACGCGGCUGAGCUGUUACGAAUAUUGGCUUUCUUCGCCAAUGAAAGCAUAUACUACGAUCUCCUGUCAGCGGAUGAAGAAGAUCCUUGGCCAGGCUUGGGAAAUAUCAUGCAAACCAAAGCAACAUUUGAGCGUUCAAUGGCCCGACUCAGAGAUUACUCGCUGGUAGAAACGUCCCGUCGAUGCUACCGCCUGCAUCCUUGCGUCCAUGAUUGGACGCUCUCAAGCCUCAAUCAACACGUCGAGGAAUCUGAUAUUUGGCGCGCGAUGACUUGCGUAGUAGCAGCAGGGAGAAUAGCCUACGAAAUAUGGGAAACAGACGAUGGCGACCCUCAGUCCCGGCUUGCUUCACACGCUAUGCGGCUCAUGCACCCGCGUUUAUAUGACGUUUUGGAAAAUUCAGAGCUGGAUGAGGAACGGUGUAAUUUGCUGUGUGGCCUAGGCGGAGUCCUUGCACAUGCCGGAAUGGCCGAAGAAGCCACGCCGCUGCUGGGACGUUCUCUAGCAUGGUCUCACCAACAUCUCGGAGAAGAACAUCAUGUCUCUCUCAAUACCAGCAAUGUCGUUGGCCUUGCCCAGCAGGAGCUGCAAAACUUCUCCCAGGCAGAAAAUCUAAUGAAACAAGCAAUUCAUGGAUUGCGCGAACUUUGGGCAAGUAUGACCAAGCCACCCUGGACUCAGUCCAUAACCUUGCAUUGCUUUAUUCGGAAAAGAUUUGACGAAGCAGAGGAUCUCUACCUCUGGUCUCUGAGAGGGUGUGAGGAGAGCUAUGGACCACUGGAUGUGAACACCUUCUGGGCAAUGCUGGCGCUCGCCGAAUUCUACGCGACCAAGGACGAGCCUGGUGAAGUCGAAAAAUUCCUUCACCAGAUACUGAAAGGGUUCGAGGCAGCUGCCGACAGCGAUCAUCCCAUGUCUCGGGCCGCAGCGUCUCGUCUUGGUGCCAUCUAUGAGCAAAAGGGCAAUCACCACUCUGCGGCAGCCAUGUUUCAGCGCGUCUAUGAUAGUUGUGGGCGAGUGCAUGGUCCCGAGCAUUGGUCCACGCUCGAAGCACAGGAAAAUUUGACCCAGCUUGAAGCCAAGUCUCGGUGA